GUUUGAAAGGUCACGAAGAGGGGAAAGAAGAACCAGAUCCAGCUGUGAAGUGAAGGUAAACGCGUCGAUCCUCGCUCGGCGUCGGCGCUCCUCCGCGCCGCCAGGGGGCGCUGUCGCGGUGCGCGGCCACGCGUCCACGAGUCAUCAGAGGGGGACGCGCUGAUUAGCGCUGCUUUGUUGGCUCCGCCGUCCUGAAAGAAUAGCCGCUAAUUAUCCGAGAAGCGCGCGCGCCCGCCUUGCGAGAAAGUGCCUCAGGUGUGUUCUUUUUCAUUUAUGCCGAGGAGCCGCCAUCAUGUCCGCGAGCCGCAACCUGAAGGUGUUCCUCGAGUCGUCGCUCAACGAGAUCUUUAAAGCGACCGUGAGCGACAUCCUCGAGUCGGUGGAGGAGACGCUGCGCGAGUACCAGGAGCACCUCCGGCGCGCGGAGACCGAGAACCGGCAGCUGCGGAAGAGGCUGCAGGAGCGCGACGGGGGCGAGCGGCGCGGGGACGCGGGACUUGAAGGCAGAGGUGCCGGCGUCGACGGUGAUGAAGUUACUGCCAAGGAGACGGUGCAGCCGCUGGGUCACGUCGGCACUCGGAAAAGAGCGUGCCAGUUUGCAGCGAAGCCGCAGCGGCAGGACCUUGGCGAGAGUGAUGAGGGCAGCGGUACAGCGGCGGAUUGGGAAUCGCUCCCCGUUGGAUCGAACAGAGUUAAACGUGACCUCGAUGCAGCGGUUUCCACGAUUACAUCAGCAGGUGCAGACAGCGAGUGUGCCGUAGAUCUGUCCAGAACAAAGUUUCCCGGUUACGUGCCAGGUGCGCACGUCAAAACCGAAGCGGACUACGCCGGUGUACAGUCCCCCGGGAGCGUGGAGCUCAACUCCAGGGAGAGUGACUGCGAAGUGAGCGUGACCAUCAUAUCCGACCAUCACCUGAAUGCUGACGACGGCGAAAAUGAGGAGUCCGAUGCCAACGAGUCCGACGCGCAGCUGUCGGUCGGACGGCGAGGCCAGGCGCAGCUCGACGCCGAGUUCGCCGUGGGACACCCCUCCCAGCUGCUCUUCCCUCGCUUGGAUGUGGACGUGAGCAGAAGAACGAGCGAGAGUCCCACCGCGGAACGUGAGCGACAGGGCAUGGAGCUGCAGGGCAGUCUGGAGGCUUCCGGUUCUGCCGUGGACGUCGAUGCGGAAGAACAUUCCAGAGCCGCUCAGGGCGUCUAUCACUGCUUCCUGUGCGAUAAAAGCUUCGGUCGCAUGGGCUCCCUGAACAUCCAUCUGCGAACGCACAGUGGGGAGAAGGCGCACUGCUGCACCUACUGCGGGAAGCGCUUCGGUCGAGCCGACCUGCUCAAGUCACACAAGCGCACUCACACCGGGGAGAAACCGUACAGCUGCAACAUUUGCGGGAAGAGCUACGGCCAGCCGGGGCAGCUGAGGAUCCACAAGCGCGUUCACACCGGAGAACGGCCGUACUGCUGUCUUCACUGCGGUAAACGGUUCAGCGAGCACAACCAGCUCAAAGUGCACCUCCGCACUCACACAGGGGAAAGGCCGUACCAUUGCGGCGUCUGCGAGAAGUCCUUCAGCAACGCAGGCAACCUCAGGAUGCACCAGAGAAUUCACACGGGGGAAAAACCGUACGGCUGUUCUCAGUGUGGCAAGAGGUUCAGCGGUUUAGGCGACCUCAAAACGCACUACAGGGUGCACACGGGCGAGAGGCCCUACCAUUGCUCCCUGUGCGAAAAGACCUUCAGCCAGGCGGGGCACUUGACGAUACACAUGAGGAUGCACACCGGAGAGAAGCCCUACAGCUGCAAAGUUUGCGGCAAGAAGUUUAGCGUGACGAGCAGCCUUAAGCUGCACCUGCGCACACACACAGGUGAGAAGCUCUACAGCUGCUCCUACUGCGACAAGAGCUUCAGUCGCUCCGGGCAUCUCAAAAGACACGAGCAGGUUCACACAAAGGAUAAGCUCUUUCCCUGCGCCGAGUGCGGCAAGAGUUACAGCGACCGGUCGACCCUGAAGAAGCACUUGAAGGUCCACGUGGGCGACGGACCCCACGGAGAGCAGGAGCAGGAGGAGGACCAGGAGCAGGAGCGCUCCAGCGAGUCGGACACCUCCCUCGACAACGAUUUACAGAUCCAAACGGUAGAGAUAAUGUGAUGUCGACACUUGCCUGUCUUCAUAGAUUUUACCACUUAAUUCGUAGUGAAAUAGUUUUUCUUUUUUAAUUAAAUUCAUGAUGGUUGCAUUUUUAAAAUUCCUUUCAUCUCAGGUUUUGAAAUGUAUAGAAUGGCUGUUAUUUUCUGUUCCAUAAGCUCUUUCAGAAGUCCUAUCACACUAAUUCAACUCUGAAAUUCAGUGACUGAAGUUUGGUUUUUACUGUAAUUCAUGUAAAAGGUGAAUAUGUUGAAAUAUUAUUUAUAGCAGUUAAUUUUAAAGGAAAACUUGUUUGCAUAUAGUCUAAAUGGGAACACCCCCCCCCUCCAUAAGUGCAUUAAGGUCUUGGCGAUAAAACACUUGAGGCCAUAAGGACACUUACUGCAGCUCUGAGCGUCUGUAUUGAAUGUACUGUGGAUAUGAGCCCCCCCUCCCCAGCCCCCAUGGAUAAACGACAUCAGUAUUAGUUAACUUUAAAAGUCAGAUAGUGAGUUUCUGUGUAAAUAUUAAAAAUAAGAUGGAAAAAUGGCAAGAAGCAAUUAAGAGUAAAAAUGUAUUUUUUUCCUGUGCAGAUCUGUUCCUGCUUUUUCUCUGUUAAAAUUAAUAACUUGAGUGGAAGUUAACAAACCAAUGUUGAUUUAAGAAUAUAUAUAUGCUAAAUACUUGGUGAAUAUGAGCAGAUUUGUCAGGAUCCCAUUAACUGAAACAAAUUUUGUGAGAAUAUGUUACGCUUCUGUAUUAGUAAGAAUCUAAAUUGAGUGUAUUAUCCACGUUGUCUGUACAAUGUGCUCUGUUCAAAUUCGGUUUUUAAUGUUGCAUAAUUAAAAUUUUACC